AUGGAUAACUACAACAAAAAUCUGUAUGGAAUCGAGUGGUCGGAGUACCUGAAAAUGUACCCGAAAGAAGGAAAAAGUAAACUCGUCAGUCGGAAAAUGGAGGUGACCAUGCUUCAGAGGAUUCUGGAUCAAGGAAUGGUCAAUAAGGAGCCGGUCACAUUGGACCCAUUUUGGAGAAAUAUCGUUGAAGAAGAGAAAUGGGGAGGAAAUUGGAAGCAAUACAGAGAUCAUUUCCGACAGAGUGUAGCUCAUAGGAUUCCGAAUCUCAAAUUUAUGGACUCCAAGUAUCGUGCUCUCAUGAUUUACGUCUCUUCUCGUAGUGUCACUGACACCUUCAAGGAAGAGUUGGCAAAGGACGAGUGCGUAUGUCACUACGAUGAGAACUCGAGAAUCAUCACAAUCGUUUCGAAGGAUAGGCAGGUGGUUGUCGGCGGGAAGAGACUCAGAAAGGUCGCUAUGAGAAACAAUCGGAAAACUCAGAAGAAAAAUGAGAAGGACGAUGAGGAAGAUGAGAAUAAGGAGGAGGAUGAUGAAGAAGAAGAAGAAGAUGAUGAAGAGAAGGAAUAUCAAGAUGAUGAUGACGAUGAGAAAGAAGGGCAAGACGAGAAAAAAGAAGACAAGUUGGAAAUGAAUACAGCGAUGUCUACUGGUGAAAUAUACGACAUCAUGAUAUAUGAACUGGAGAUUCAUUGUCGAAAGAACAAAGUGGAGUAUCCGGUGAUGUUGGGAUUGGAACAAGGAUCAAGAAACAAGAAAAUGUCGAACCGGCAACUACUAAAACUACUUGGAAAACUCACCAGAUGGGUAGCGGAUACGGCAGAUGAGAAAACGGAUGUUUCAAAAAUCGAAAAAUUCCAAGUAUUGAAGACGAUAAACUUGAUGUCGGGUAUGGUCCCAGGAGAUGAUACAAUGAAGAAGAGUAUCAAGAAUGCGCUCGAAGUUGAAUGCGGAAGAGAAGAGAAUAUCUCUUUGGAACUCUUCGUCCUAACGAUUAACGCGAUACUCGACUGA